AUGACAUCCUGGGAUGAUAAGGAGAAGACAGCCAAUGCGGUUGCGCAUUCAGCUUCAGGGUCGGACGACUAUGUUAUUCGAGAAGGAAGCACGGAAUACACGGCAGCCGAAGGCUUGAACUCGUCUACAGUGACAUAUCAAGAUGCAAGUGGCGCACCCGUGGAAACAACUUCGCCUCUGGGAUACUCGGUUGAUGUUAUAGUCGGAUUCUGUUUGAAUAUCAACCAAAUGGUCGGAACUGGUAUUUUCUCAACACCGGCUACAAUCCUCAAGGGCGUCGGAUCCGUUGGACUUACUAUGAUAUACUGGUUCAUCGGAUAUUUGAUAGCCCAGUGUAGUCAGGCUUUAUACCUGGAGUACACGGCCUACUUCCCCAGCAGGUCUGGAUCUGAAGUCGUCUACCUGGAACAGGCAUACCUGAAACCAAAGUAUCUCUUCCCGACGGUCUUUGCGAUGAAGCAUGUUAUAUUUUCCUUUGCCAGCAGCAAUGCAGUCGUUUUUGCGGAAUAUGCAUUCGCAAUCGGUGGGGUGUCCUAUACAAAUUGGCAGUUGAAGGGAGUUGCCGUUGCGGUAUACACGCUUGCAUUGAUUGUGGUUGCCGCAAACACCAAAUGGUCAUUGAGGUUUGUCGUUUGGUUUGGUGUUGUCAAGGUUCUGACCUUGCUGCUAAUUUCAAUCGCCGGGCUUGUCGUCCUGGGUGGACAUACCAAAGUGGCGGAUCCCAAGAUCAACUGGCGGAAUCCAUGGGAAGGCACAUCAGACGCAAGUGCUUAUGGAGCAACAAACGCCAUGAUCAAGCUGAUCUUCUCCUAUGCUGGCUAUCAAAAUGUCUUUGGUCUUGCCAAUGAGAUAAAGAACCCCGUGAAAAAACUUCGCUGGAGUGCUCCGCUCUCACUCAUCAUCGUCACCAUCCUAUAUAUCCUGGUCAACGUCGCGUAUUUCUCCGCCGCAUCGAGGGAAGAAAUCCUAGCGUCCAAGCAGAUUGCAGCCAGCAUCUUCUUCGAGAAAGUAUUUGGUACAACCAAGGCUGCUCGUGGGUUGAGCGUUCUUAUCUGCAUCAGUGCAUUCGGAAACUUGAUCGCAGUGAUGAUAAAUUACUCACGUAUGCUUCGAGAAACGGGAAGACAAGGUCUGCUUCCAUGGCCCAAGUUCUGGACCUCCACGAAACCCUUUGGAACCCCAAUUGGCCCCUACACACUACAAUGGGCACUCACAGUUAUCAUGAUUAUCGGACCCCCUGCUGGAGACGCGUUUAAUUUCGUGGUCGACCUUGCCGUCUACCCAUCCAACAUCUUCAGCUUCCUAAUCGCCAUCGGCCUUUUACUUCUCCGACAACGUCGAAAGGCACUUGGCCUGCCACCGCCAGACUACAAAGCAUGGGGUAUCGCCGUGGGCUUCAGCCUCCUAGCAAAUGCCUACAUGCUCGUUGCACCUUGGUACCCACCCACCGGAGGCGCAGAUGGUGGAGAUGUCAGUUUCUGGUAUGGAACGUAUUUGGUGGUUAGCAUCGGGUUGUUGUCGCUUUGUGGUAUUUACUAUUACUUCUGGAUUUCCUUGAUCCCCAAGUGGAAGGGAUACGAGUAUAGGCAGACUAUAGUCAAGUACGAUGAUGGAGCUGUUACGCAUAAGAUUGUUAGGGUUCCGGAGGCGGAUUUGGUCUCGUGGGAUGAGCAACAUGAUGCUGCUGGACGCCUCCGCCAUGAGGUAGCACACUAA